AUGGCACCACAAACCGAAACCGCUUUCGUAUCAAAGACCCAGCACUAUCUGAAAGUGAAGAAGCCUCUGCUGGAGCGUCAGCGCAGGGCACGCAUGAACAAGUGCCUGGACACGCUGAAGACACUUGUUGCUGAGUUCCAGGGCGACGAUGCCAUUCUUCGUCUGGACAAGGCCGAAAUGCUCGAGGCAGCACUUGUCUUCAUGCGCAAACAGCUCAUCAAGCAACAGGCGCCCGUCCCACCUGUGCCCAUGGACAGCUUCAAGAACGGCUACAUGAAUGCCGUCAGUGAAAUCUCUCGUGUGAUGGCCUGCACGCCAGCCAUGAGCGUCGAUGUGGGCAAAACGGUGAUGACGCAUUUGGGCAUUGAGUUCCAGCGCAUGCUGCAGGCCGAUCAGCCACAACAACAACAGCAGCAGCAGCAAACCGAAUUGGAAUCCUCGCCAAUCAGUCGUCCAGUUAGCCCCGCAUCUUCUGGCUAUCACAGCGAUGCCGAGGAGUCUGACGCAGCAGCCAGUCCGCAAUCACCCAGCAAUCCCAUGUGGCGCCCCUGGUAA